AGCUUUAGGUUUUGAGAGAGCUAUUAUUCGAGGUUAUUUUGAAGCUCAUGACCGAAAUCCCGGAGGUGCUAUUGAUUCUAAUUUCCUGAGAAAUUACAUGAAUGCUAAAGAAGCUGGUUACACUUACAUUGAUGUAUAUAUAUCUCCAUGUACCGGAAGGUCUACUUGUAAAACACCUCUGCAACAAGCAAAUGAUUUAAUUCAAUUUAUUAAUACACAUCAAAUGGUUGUUAAAAAAAUAUGGUUAUGGGUUGAUGUGGAUCCGGAUUCUGGUAAUUGGGAUUUGGGUCCAAUUAAAAAUCGUCAAAUAUUAAAUGACCUCCAUACUGCUUGGCAAUCUACUGGUUUGGAAUUCGGUAUAUACACUAGUCAAUACCAAUGGGAAUUAAUCACUGGUGAUAAUAAUUGGGUCCUAAAUUCUAGUCUUCCGUUAUGGUAUGCUAUUUACGAUGGUCAUCCUUCUUUUAAUGAUUACAAAAUUUUCGGUGGAUGGACUCAGCCUACGGGCAAACAGUUUAAUGGUGAUUCAAAGUUCUGCGGAGGAAG